AUGCACAGCCAGAUUGCCAAAAAACCUGAGAACGAACUGAUGAGACUUGAAAAGCAACUCCCAAGUCCAACAUCUUCUGAUGCUGGAUAUGGAAGUGGAGAUAGUAUCAACUCCCCUGCUGUUCAUACUGACCGCACCAUAGUUUCGAGACGAAAGAAAUCCAGAAACGCUUUUAGUGAUGACAUUCUUGUACAACUUGAGAAGAAAUUCAAAGAAAGAAAAUAUUUAAUGACGGACGAAAGAGAAGAAUUUGCACAGAAGAUCGGAUUGAAUGAAAAUCAGAUUCGAACGUGGUUUCAAAAUCGCCGCAUGAGACUCAAAAAACAGCGAGAGGUUAAUAUACCAGGCGACGAUGAUGUAGCAACUCAAUUGAGUCCAGCUGUGGCUGAACGGUCUACGACUUCAACAGCAGAAAAAAUAACCAGUGCAGACGAGCCACAGCCAAUGACAACUAUCACGUUACCAACAAUACCACCAGUAUUACCAACGUCAUACUUCGUACCACCAAUGCAUUCGUCGCUCCUUCUCAUCCCAUCAUCGCCGUACACGCUGUCAGCUCCCGUACCGUACUACCAACCGAUGUACCCGCUACCGAUGAUGUACUCUGCACCGACAUAUUACCCAUCUUCCCUGGGAUACACGGGAAUGGCAGUAGGGCCAGUAAUCGGACACCCUUACUCACCGGGAUAUCCAUUAGUUAGACAUUAUCCAGUAACGUAUAACAUGUAUUAACUACAGUGAUUCGUCAAAUUUCAAUAGGAUGAUCGUACCCAGUACAGUACAUCUACGAUGUGUAUUAUCCACCCUGUUUACAUGGACCAUGCUGUUACACUAAUUCACGUCACGCGUUUGUUUAAAAACUGGUGGUCACUAAGCCAAAAUACAAAACGAUGAAUUCCAGAACACUGAUAAUAAUUUACACCUAAGAUGGAAACCUGUGUGAUAACCACUACACCGUGUAUAACAUUAUUUAAUAAAACAUCAUCUGGACCACGUGAUAUAUUUGUUGUAUGUUGCAGUCAGUAUUGCACAAUGUCAUUUCUGAGUUAUUUGUAAAAUAUUGUUCUGACAGUCGUACUGAUCCAAGAAAUAAAUAAAUAAAU